AUGACCGAGUCUGUGUUUCUUGAUGAAGAGGAUACUGUUCCCGAUGACUCUGAUACAUCACUUGAUCUUGUUUUUAAUUAUGAAAAACUUGUUCAAGAUCGUAGCAAAAUGCAUAAACUGAAUGGAUAUUAUAUUGGAGCAUCGAAUAAUUUUGUAAGAGUCUUUACAUUGAACGGUAGAAAAUACUGGAUCUCUCAAGCCUUGUGCAAUCAUCGAGCGCCAGAUUAUAAAGUUCACUUCUCCGUAGUGCCUCAGGACGUUCCUAGAGCUUUUAAUUUAAUUUCUAAACAUUUCUAUCAACGAAAAUUGAAAUUUGGAAUGAAGGCCAUCAUGAUUGAUAAAGAAACAGAAAGUAAAAGCAUGAGUGAUGAGUCAUUCAAAUGGAAUACUCACACUGGUAAUGAUAAGUCAUUUACGUUGGAAUGGCCUCAAUCUAUGAGAGGUAGAGAGAUUACAUUGUAUAUUUAUAGAUACUAUGAAAUUGAAAAAUUGAAAAACAUCAGAGAGUAUUUGUGUGUUGGCGGUGAUCAUGAUGGAGCUUUAAAUUUGGAAAAUGUCACUACUGACAACACUAUGGAAACAUGUCAACAACAACAAGACACAUUGAAAAAUGAAAUUACUGUGAAGGACUAUUCCAUUUAUGACGAAACGAAUGUCAAAUAUCAUUAUUCCAAUUUUAUGGAAUUUACGUCACAUCCAUUCAAACAAUUUGAGUUGACAAAACAGGAUGAGGAAUCGUUGAGUUUUUUACGAAAAUGGGUGUUUGAAGUUGAACAAAUUUUGGAAAGAGAGAACAUUCAAAGUAAUGGGUGUGCAGACGGUGACUUGUCACUUGGCUUAAAAUACGCCUCAUUCAGAAAUGAAUCAUUUAUUCCAGUUAUUGAUGCUCAAACCCACAGUGCUGACAAACAUGCCUUGUCAUCGAAUGAAGUGAACGAAUUAUUUAGAUAUCCUCCAAAUUAUUCAGGUUGGAAUGCUGCAAAUUAUGAAGAGGCAACGACAAUUGCAGAGAACUUUAAGAAUUCGACCAUGAAUACUUUCAAUGCCAUGUUGUGUGACUAUGCACCUUUAAUUUUGUUCUUUCUAAUUCCAAUAACCAUUGGCGUGAUCAUGAAGCAUGGAAUGUAA